AUGCCGUCGUCAUCAUCAUCAUCAAAGGAUAAAGAUAAAGAAGCUAAAUCAAAAAAGGCGACCGUUGUCUCGAAAGCAAAAGGCAAAGAUGAUUCAGAUGGAAAGACAACGGAUGAAACGAAAGGAAAAGAUUCAUCAAUUGGUAAAACAACAUCUUCAUCAAUUGCUAAUAGUGGAACAAUAAAAUCAACUUCACGUCCAACUAAUUCUCAUUCAGCUCAACAACAAUCUGAUACUAAUUUAUCAUCUCAUCCACCUCAAACACAAUUAACAAAAAUUCAACCUAUGGCUGGUGUACCAAAUAUACGUAAAGAUAAUCGAAGAAAUUCAUCACGUUUUAAUAUAUCAAAAAAUCGUGAACUUGUUAAAUUACCUUUAUUAAAAGAAGCAGCUGCUCAUGAACGUGAAGCAUUAUUUGUACAAAAAUUACAACAAUGUUGUACUGUAUUUGAUUUUCAACUUGAUCCAUUAUCGGAUCUUAAAUGGAAAGAAAUAAAACGUGCAGCAUUAAAUGAAAUGAUCGAUUAUAUAACAUCAAAUCGUGGUGUUAUUACUGAUCCUAUUUAUCCGGAAGCUGUUAGAAUGUUUUCUAUUAAUCUAUUUCGAACAUUACCACCCGUAAGCAAUCCAACAGGUGCUGAUUAUGAUCCGGAAGAAGAUGAACCAAAUCUUGAAGUUGCUUGGCCGCAUUUACAACUUGUCUAUGAUUUCUUUUUACGUUUUCUUGAAUCACCAGAUUUUCAACCAAAUACAGGAAAAAGAUAUAUUGAUCAAAAAUAUGUUCUUAAUUUACUUGAUUUAUUCGAUAGUGAAGAUCCACGUGAACGUGAUUUUUUAAAAACAAUUCUUCAUCGCAUUUAUGGCAAAUUUCUUGGUUUACGUGCUUAUAUUAGAAAACAAAUUAAUAAUACAUUUUAUAAGUUUAUUUAUGAAACUGAACGACAUAAUGGUGUAGCUGAAUUACUUGAAAUUCUUGGAAGUAUUAUUAAUGGAUUUGCAUUACCAUUAAAAGAAGAACAUAAAGUAUUUUUAAUAAAAGUUUUAUUACCAUUGCACAAAGUAAAAACACUCAGUGUUUAUCAUCCUCAAUUGGCAUAUUGUAUUGUGCAAUUUCUUGAAAAAGAUCCUAGCCUAACUCAACCGGUGAUAACGGGUUUAUUAAAAUAUUGGCCAAAAACUCAUAGUCCAAAAGAGGUUAUGUUUCUCAAUGAAUUAGAAGAAAUUCUUGAUGUUAUUGAACCAGCUGAAUUUCAAAAAGUGAUGAUUCCUUUAUUUAAACAACUUGCGAAAUGUGUAUCAAGUCCACAUUUUCAAGUAGCUGAAAGAGCACUUUAUUAUUGGAAUAAUGAAUAUAUAAUGAGUUUAAUAACAGAAAAUGCUGGUGUUAUUUUACCAAUUAUGUUUCCAGCUUUAUAUAAAAAUACAAAAACACAUUGGAAUAAAACAAUUCAUGGUUUAAUAUAUAAUGCAUUAAAAUUAUUUAUGGAAAUGAAUCAUAAAUUAUUUGAUGAAUGUUCACAAAAAUAUAAAAUGGAAAAACAAAAAGAAAAAGAAAAAUUACGUGAUCGUGAUACAGCAUGGAUGAAAAUUGAAUCAAAAGCAAGACAAAAUCCAAGUUAUAAAAAUUUUGCAUCCAAUCAACCAGAACUUUAUCGACCUAAUGAUAAUGAUGAUGAUGAUGGUGGACCUACGAAUAUAACAGCAAAAGAAAUUGAACAAGAAGCUAAAGAAGCAAGUCGUACUAUGCAAAAAGGUAAACCAAUGAUAAGACGCAAGAGUGAAUUACCUCAUGAUUAUACAACAUUAAAUGCAUUAGAAAAACAUAAACGACCGAAUGAUUUUCUAAGCUCAGCAACAGAAGCAAAUCCAAAUGCUCAAUAA